ACGCGAGUUUUCUGGGGACUAAGUUCUGAAACGUACGCUUAAGGAAAAACGUUCGGCCGAGAGUGAACGGAUAGCGUGUGCCACCAGAAUGCGAUACUAAAUUUUAGUUCUUUUUUGUUUGUUAAUUUUAACGAGUGUGUUUGUGUAUAUUGGAAUAAUUUCAAGAAAAAAAUAUUGAAAUCACAGCGAGGGGAGAGCCCCUAGGAUUACCAAACAAAUUGUGUUUUAAUUUACAAUUUAAUUUUUUUUUCAACGAAAAAAAUCAAAAGGCUGAUCGAAAAAAUUCAAUUCCCCCCCAAAAAAAAAAAAGUGAUUUUUUUCCUAUUGAAAUGUUGUCUUUGAAAUGCAAACAAAAUAAGUAUACAUGGGCCAAGAGAGCCAAAGAGAGUGGUGGCGGCGCUGGCGGUGUACGUGUGUGUGAGCGAGAGUGGCAAUAACAACAAAAAUAUAGCCCAGAAAAAAUAUCAUUUUUUAUGUAAAGGUCAUUUGAUGGGUAGAAAAAGAAGAAGCAUGAUGAGAAGAGUGUAAAAUACAAAAGGCAAAGCAAAAAAAAAAAAAACAUCAGUGGAAUAAAACAACAACAGCAAAAAAUAAUAAAACAAAAUAAUGUAAAAAAGCAAAUAAAAAUAUUGUGCAUUUUCCAAACAAACAAGAUUUUUUAGAAUAUUUUUUACACCGAUUUUUUUAAAUAUAGAAAAACUAAAACUACCAUUUUACAACUGGAUUUUUUUAAAGAUGUUUUAUUACUUCAAUAGUGGAUAUACUUAGAGAAAAUUUGCCCAAAUGCUUCCUAUUUAUACAAGACUAAAGGCACUGGUACAACAUGAUACUACAUGAUCAACGACAUUUAUCAAAUUUUUAUAGAAAAAUCGCAAUGCACAAGACAACAAUCAAAAAUUAAAAAAAAAAGACUUAAUUCUGCAACUGCAACAACAAAAGGCCAAUUAGUUUUUAACAAAUCAAAAAAAGGAAAAAAAAGGAGGGCGUGGAACGCCCUUCAAAAAAAAAAAAAAAAAAGAAUACAAAAAUCCAUUAAAGAAAAAAGACUUCAAUUUUUAUACAACAACAACAACUCACACCAUUAUGUCCACAAUAAAAACGGAGAAUAUCUCGGGUCCAGCUGUGGUCACAACCAGCUCACCAGUGACGGCAUCAGGUGGUGGAGCGGCAACCAGUUUCCAGUUACCGGUGAAUAUGUGUACCACAGGAUCAUUGGGCGGCGGCGGCGUUGGGGGUGUCAUUACCACCACCACAACAACAACACGCAAUAACAUUUCGGUGACGAACAUUAAAUGUGAAGUGGAAGAGGCUGGUUCCAUCUCCUCCAAUUCGACGACCAAUGGCAAUAUAGUUUCGGUGGGGUUUUAUAAUGGCUCGAGGUGUGGUGCAAUUGUAAGUGGCGGCAGUGGUGCGGCCGGGGCAACAGGGGUCAUAACUUCGGGCCAUGGUAUACGCAUACCGGUGACCAAGGCCGAGGAGUCCGAUUCCGAGACAGAAUUGACCAAUAUUGAAAAUCUAAAGGUUACACGAAGGGUAACCCCCUCCAGCACCACCACCCCGGCAACCAGCAAUCAUCAUAAUGGGCCCCGGCCCAUGUCCUGGGAGGGAGAAUUGUCGGACAACGAGGUUACCCGGGAGGCUGAACUCAUGGACACAGAUUCCACCAUGAGCAAUGGAGGAGGAGGAGGAGUAGCGGGAGCAAUGGUUCCCCAGGAACCCUCAAAUGCCGUGGCGGUAAUAAAAAGUGAAGCCAGCACCACCACCCCCUGCCUGGUAAUGGCUGGUGGCCAAGAUCCAAUGAUUAAACCCGAAUUGGAUUUACAUCCCACCCCGGCCAUAUAUCACCCCAAACUCAAGCUGGCACCCACUCAAAGUGAUCCGAUCAACCUGAAAUAUGAGCCACCCGAUCAUGUGGCCUCUCUGGUGAAUUCUCCCCUGCUGGCCCGCCAAAAGUCCACCACAGCUUUGCCUCAUCUACCUGCCAAUCCCAGUCCCGAUUCUGCCAUACAUUCCGUGUACACGCACAGCUCGCCCUCCCAAUCGCCGUUGACGUCACGCCACGCCCCCUACACGCCAUCGCUGUCGCGAAACAACAGUGAUGCUUCGCACAGCUCCUGCUAUUCGUAUUCCUCGGAAUUCAGUCCCACCCAUUCGCCCAUACAAGCCAGGCAUCAGGCGGCGGCAAUCUAUGGCGGCAACUACAACGGCUCGGCGGGCAAUAGUUUACAUCAUUCCACUUUACUCUACCGUCCAAUGGCCAGUAGUUCUGGCGGCCAGGCGGCAGCCACGGCAUCGGCGGCAGCAAAAAUGGACAGCGUUUCCCAUGAAGUGCAGAAUUUGUCCAUGGAUGCCACCUCGUCAUGCUCUUCCUCGGCAACGGCGGCGGCGGCAGCUUUCAACAUGGCCACCGAUCCCACAACCGGCCUACCAGCCUCUCCCGCCUCGGCGGGCAUAUCACGCCAGCAGCUCAUCAACUCACCCUGCCCCAUUUGUGGCGAUAAAAUUUCCGGCUUCCAUUAUGGCAUUUUCUCCUGUGAAUCCUGCAAAGGCUUCUUCAAGCGUACCGUCCAAAAUCGCAAGAACUAUGUCUGUGUUCGGGGUGGGCCCUGUGCCGUGAGCAUUACCACGCGCAAAAAGUGUCCGGCCUGUCGUUUUGAUAAAUGUCUGCAGAAGGGUAUGAAAUUGGAGGCCAUACGGGAGGAUCGUACCCGGGGUGGCCGUUCCACCUAUCAAUGUUCAUAUACCCUACCGAAUUCCAUUAUGAGUCCCCUAUUGAGUCCGGAGCAGCAGCACCAAUCCACCGUGCAAAAUCUCCUGACGCAACAACAACAAACGCAGCUACAGCAUCAAUUGCAACAGAGAUUAAAUCCGUCUCAACAUUCUCCCCAUCAGCAGGUGCCUCAAAUGCAUUCUUCUCCCAACAAUGGCUUUGGGGGUGGAGGAGGAGGUCACACUCCCAACCCCACCAACGCGACCACCAUUAAAACCGAACUUAAUGACAACUAUGGCAAUGCUGCAGCUCCCCAUCCCCUCCCCUCGGCCGCCUCUCUUAACAAUGGCCUACACAGUUCGCCACGCAAUCAGGCCGGCCCACAAUCUUCUACAGCUUCCCACACCAAUUCCAGUAUUCCCCAACUUCUCCAAGAGAUAAUGGAUGUUGAACAUCUAUGGCAAUAUAAUGAGGCGGAACUGGCCCGUCUCAAUCAACCCCUGACCACCUCAUCAUCGUCGGCCUCCCUGAAUUCAUCCUCCAACGAAUCAUCGUCAUCCUCAUCUGCAGCUGGCAGGCAAAUGACCAAUCCACUGCUGGCCAGUGCCGGUCUGUCGUCGAGUACCAAUCCCGAUUUGAUUGCCCAUCUGUGUAAGGUGGCCGAUCAUCGUCUCUAUAAGAUUGUGAAGUGGUGUAAAAGUCUGCCGCUAUUCAAGAAUAUUUCGAUUGACGAUCAAAUUUGCCUACUCAUCAAUUCGUGGUGUGAACUUUUAUUAUUCUCUUGCUGCUAUCGUUCCAUAGAUGUACCGGGAGAAAUUAAAAUGUCCUUGGGCAAAACAAUCAAUCUGGCCCAGGCCAAAUUAACUGGUUUUCAGCCCUGCAUUGAACGAAUGCUGAAUCUGACAGACCAUUUAAGACGUUUACGGGUCGAUCGUUAUGAAUAUGUGGCAAUGAAAGUGAUUGUCCUACUGCAAUCGGAUACUUCUGAACUCCAAGAGCCCGUCAAGGUACGAGAGUGCCAAGAAAAGGCCCUGCAAAGUUUGCAGGCCUAUACAUUGGCCCAUUAUCCGGAAACUCCAUCGAAAUUUGGUGAAUUAUUGCUGCGCAUACCGGAUUUACAGAGGACCUGUCAGCUUGGUAAGGAAAUGCUCUCGAUAAAAUCUCGAGAUGGUGGCGAUUUCAAUUUACUAAUGGAACUUCUGCGAGGAGAACAUUGACGAAAGCCUUUGAUGAAUCCCAGAACACAUUUCACUGCAUUAAUCGUCAUCUGCAUCAACAACAACAUUAACAAUAUUAGGAAAAUAUUAUUUUUUUUUUUCGAAUACCACAAACAAAAGUGGUAUUCGCACAAGAGAGAAAAAAAGGAAAACUUUUUUUUGUCCAAUUAAGGAUCGGAGCAUUUGUUCUCUUCAGAAUAUAUAUUUUUAUAUAUAUACACAUAGAAGAUAUGGAAAAUUGAACAUCAAUUUUAUAAAAAUGUUUUUUAUAAGUAUUUUUUAUACUACUUUUUUAUUUAGAAAACCUAAGCUUAAGAAGUAAAACAAUUAAAAAAUUCUAUUUUUUUCUUUGUUUAAGAACAACAAAACAAAUUAAGUAAUACUUUUUUUAUAUAAAAUAAUUAUAAAAAACAAGAGAUGUGCCUAAUAACAAAUUAAAAUAAUAAUAAAAAAAUGAUAAUGAUUAAAAAUAUAAUAAUAAACAAAACA